UUAUUUAUGAUACGGUACUGUGAUAUAUUUUACCAUAUUGUUUUUACAUAUUUUUAUUAAUAUAUUAUUCGCCAAGGGCUGGUCAUUCUAUUAGUUUAUAAUCUAUGACAUAUGUUCUUUGCCGUUGAUUCGUCGUUGUUUUGAAAAUGAGUGAACACUGAACUUUAGUAGCCGUUUGAAAUUCGUUAAACAAUAGCAAAUAACGACGAUAUAGAAAAAAUCAGUCUAUCGAAAUUAACCUUCGAUUUAGCCACAAUGUCUCUGUUUGAUAUUUUUGGAGAUCACCUUACUAGACAGGCCGUGAAAAAUGUUUCCCGGCAACCUCUGCAUAAUAUAGAAAACAUGGGCAAAGUAGUCUCAGCAGGCCCCACAAAACCAAAUGAACCAACAAAAAAAGGGGAAACCAAGAAAUCUUUUCUAUCAAAUACUGGGAAAGCAAUUCAGAGCACACCAUCACGUAAAGUGUUCACCCCUCGUGCUGUGAAUGUGGGUUCUCUCAUAUAUACUGAUGAGGAUGGUGAUAAAGGAUGUACAUUUGAAGAAAUUGAGUUCACCAAACCUAAGCACUAUGAUAAUUAUCAAAGAGAUUUAUUUGACUUUAUUCCACUGUCGGAACCUUGUCACCUGAAGCAGCUCUCCCCGCCAAGCACCCCUCCACCUAUAAUUAGGAGACACAGCAUGGAGCUUGAAUGCUCAUAUCAAGAUGAGUUUUAUACUGAUGAUUUUUCAAAUGAGAGUUUGCCCGAAGAAGAUUUGGGAUUACCUAUACUAUAUUAAUUAUUAAGGAAGCCAAUUGCAUAACUGUAAAAUAAUUGUAGAACUAAUUUAUAAAACAUAAAAUGACAUGAAUUCCAUUUCAAAUUAAUUUUAUGGGUUUUUUCGGUAAUGAGAAAUACUGGCAAGUACAAUAUUUAUAAUUUUAGGUCUACUAUUUUCCGACGGUGAUCGAAAAAGAUGCGUAUGCUAGGAUUAGCUAACUUUUAAUAACGGGGAUAGUAUUGAUAAAAAUUAAACCUUCUGCUUAGUAUUUUGUUCCGUUGUUAUUCGAGUGUAUUUUUUUACUAACAAAAAAAUAAUAAAACUUUGAUAUUUGGUAAAGAA